GCACUUCCUUGUCCUUUCAGUAAAUCGGUCCCCGUGAUGGAGGACAUUCACUGUGCAACGAAACGAAUUAAAUAAAUUGGUCUACUUUAAUGUAGCCUGCGAAAAACAAUAAAACACUGACAGUUGAAUGUCGUACUUUUAGCUGCAACUGUAAAAUGAGUGUUUUAAGUGUGCUAGUGGGCUAAAUUUGAAUGUACAAGAGCAGGGACUCCAACGUGAUCUGAACUAUCUUCAAAGCAAAUAGAGCCAUAAUGGCGUCCUCUCCCGCGCCGCACAAUCGCACCAGGAGCGAGGAUGAGGACGACCCGGUCGACCAGAUGAUCUCCAGGACGGGGUGCGCCGAGCUGCACUACGCCGUGCAGGAGUGCAUGGCGGAACACCAGGAUUGGCGGAAGUGCCAGCCGCAGGUCCGGGACUUCAAGGAGUGCAUGCUGACGUUCCAGAACGCCAGGAGGGAGCAGCUGGCCAAGCGGAGAGCAACGCAGGACAAUUAGUAGACCCCCACCCCCACCCCCAACAAAUAUGGGGUCUACAGCUCAGCUCUGGAAUAAAUAAAUAAAAAAUAAUAAUAAUAAAAAAACAAGAAAAAGUAGUCAAAACGUUUGGGUUUUGCCAGUGAGAGCUUUUGUUCUCUUCACUGUCUAUGGAAUCACAUUUUGAAGACUUCUUUUUUUGCCCCAUUACAUUACAUCACAGGCAUUUAGCCGCCUGUUAAGGCCUUGAGAGCAAGGUGUGUGGAUUCAUUAGCCAAUCUAUGACUUAAAUGAACCGCUGGUACGGGGAACAAACAAACAGAACAAAAAAACCAGCUGAAACUGGCCCUUCAGGAUUGAAGUUUGGCUCCUGUGCCAUAGAUUGCAUCAUUUCGGGCUGUUGAUAAAGUGUUACUCAAACCAGGAGUUGAAGUCUGGUAUUUGUUGGCAUCUUUUCAUUUUAGUGGCCCUGCUCAUUGAUAUGAAUUCCUUUUGCUGGUACAGAGGAAAUGGGACACUAGUUUUUUUGUAUGGCCUUUCCUUCAGUGUGGUUCAUAAGUGCUCCUCUCCUCUUUCCAACCAGUCUUUAUUUGACAUGAAUUUGAGAAGUUACAAAUUUUUCAUUUUCUUUUAAAUGAUUCUCAAGUUAAGUAAUCUCCUGGAACAACUACUGCAGCUUUGAGAAGUGUAAUUUAUUGUGUGGCUUUUGAAUAAGCUGUAAGGAACUGUGAUUUGUGUACUUACAAGAGCUCAGGAAUUUCCAAAAAUACAAUAAAUGAUCCAUCUGUUUGUUA